AUGGGAUCAGACUCGAGUCGUGUUGAUGGGCUUGUGGCUCAGCUUGCGCGUACAUUCAAGAUUCGGGACAUGGGACCCCCGUCUUUCUUUCUUGGCAUUGAGACGUUGCCUCUACAUGAUGGUAUUCUUCUCUCUCAACGGCGUUAUAUACAAGAUAUUCUUAAGCGUGCAGGAAUGGUUGACUGUAAGCCGGUUUCUACGCCUAUUUCGGUCACUCGGUCUGAUGAUGAUGAUUCUACUCCGUUUGCUGAUCCUACCCACUACCGUAGUAUUGCGGGUGCACUUCAGUACCUGACGGUGACUAGGCCAGAUUUGUCAUAUGCAGUUAACAGGCUUUGUCAGUGCAUGCAGUCCCCCACUACUGCUGACUGGGCGGUUAUGAAACGUGUUCUGCGGUAUGUGAAAGGAACUCUAGGUAAUCCGGAUGACCGGAAAUCUACAAGUGAUUUUGCAGUAUUCUUGGGCUCCAAUUUAGUUGCUUGGUCUUGUCGGAAGCAGCGGACAGUGGCGCGGUCCUCUACUGAAGCCGAAUAUAAGGCGCUGGCUGAUGUGGCAGCGGAGGUCACGUGGUUGGUUUCUUUGCUGCGCGAGAUUGGCUUUCCUCCAGACUCUGCGCCGGGACUGUGGUGUGAUAAUCUUGGGGCAACAUACCUCUGUGCUAAUCCGGUUUUUCAUGCACGAACAAAGCAUGUUGAAAUUGAUUAUCACUUUGUUCGCGAUAAGGUUGCCAAGAAGGAGUUGCAGGUUCAUUUUAUCUCCACGAAGGACCAGCUAGCUGAUAUUUUCACCAAGCCACUUGCAUCUGCUCGGUUUUCAUUGCUGCGGGACAAGCUCAAUGUUUCGAAUGCUCCACCUUGA